AUGGCUGAUUUUAGACGUAUAGUUAUAAUUCUUAUGGCAAUAGCUUGUGUUAUAAACGUCAUUGGUGUUAUUCAUUGUCAUGUUAAUUAUCCGAGUGCUCCAGCAUGGUAUACAUAUCGAACAAGUUAUUCAAUAAUAUUUCCUAUUUUAUUGUCUUUAACUGGUUUUCUUCUAAUUGAACAAUUAUUAGUUACAGACGGAACGGUAGCUCCACUUAAUCGACUUCGUAUUAUUUAUGCAUUUGGUGCUGCUAUUCUUCUAAUCAUUUUUGGUAUUAGUCUUGCAAUUGUAGCUAGUCGCUUGUAUAGUACUUAUCCUUAUCACACCUAUCAUCAUAAUGCCAUCAUUGCUGCCGUUAUAGCUUUUAUUGAUGCUGUGGUUUAUAUUGGAGAAGCAAUAUGUCGUAAUCGCAAUAGUCGUAUCAUCUAA